AUGCUGGGACAGCACGUCUACUCCCACCAGUAUCACCAAUCACCCGCUGAUUGGCCUCACACCCACCAUGCCGCCCAGCAGCAUGCCCAGGCCCAGGCCGCUGCCGCCGCCGCCGCCGCCGCCCAGCAGCAGCACUACAACAGAAUCGCCGCGAACAGCAAUGCAAACGUAGCCGGCAUGGCCGGCAUGGGGGCUUCCGCCCACGACCCUACCCUUGCCGUGGCCGACCAAGGCGUCAGUGAGGAGAACCGCCGCGUGUUGGACUGGAUCGCGCAGCUUAUGCGCCCGGAUACGAGGGAGACGGCCCUGCUGGAAUUGAGCAAGAAGCGCGAACAGGUGCCCGAGCUCGCUCUGAUUCUCUGGCAUUCCUUUGGCGUCAUGAGCUCCCUGCUACAGGAGAUCAUCUCCGUCUAUCCGCUGCUCAACCCAUCGCAGCUCACUGCCGCCGCUUCGAACCGCGUCUGCAAUGCGCUCGCCCUGCUGCAGUGCGUCGCGUCGCACACCGAGACUCGCGGUCUCUUCCUGAGCGCCCACAUCCCUCUAUUCCUCUACCCCUUCCUGAACACAACCUCAAAGUCUCGUCCCUUCGAAUACUUGCGGUUGACGUCGCUUGGUGUCAUUGGUGCGCUGGUCAAGAACGACUCCUCGGAUGUCAUCAACUUCCUGUUGACCACGGAGAUUAUUCCGCUCUGCUUGCGCAUAAUGGAGACUGGUUCUGAGCUCAGCAAGACGGUCGCCAUCUUCAUUGUUCAAAAGAUUCUCCUCGACGACCUCGGGCUUGCAUACAUAUGCCAGACCUACGAGCGCUUCUACGCCGUCGGAACUGUCCUCUCGAAUAUGGUCAACCAGCUCGUCGAGCAACAGACGGUUCGCCUGCUGAAGCACGUCGUCCGCUGUUUCCUCCGAUUGAGCGACAAUGCUCGUGCCCGCGAGGCCCUCCGCCAGUGUCUCCCUGAGCCGCUGCGUGACGCUACCUUUUCGUCCGUUCUGCGCGACGACGCCGCCACAAAGCGCUGCCUCGCACAGCUCCUCAUCAACCUGUCCGACAACGUCGUCGACACCAACAACCCCGGUUUGUUGCAUUGA